AUGUGCAACGCCGAGCAGACGGAUCCGUCCUGAUAGACGACAUGUUGUAUUCUGCGGAGCAAUGGAACAGUUUUCUUGAUAAAAAUUUGGCGUCAAUGGAAAGUCUUUGGCCAAAAAAGAACGGAGUUGUGAAAAUUUUCUACAAAAUAUCGGAUCCGGGAGUGAACACGACUGCUGCAAACCUGGCGAUCGCUGCCUGGGAGGCCAAGACGUGCAUCAAGUUCUCCAAGAUGACAGAGUCUGAUGAGCGCGCCGAGUACAUGAAGAUUUGGCUCGAUAAAUCCUGUUACGCCGACGUAGGCCACAGGAAGGGCAAACCUACAAAAGUCAGCCUCGCAAAUUGCCCAGAAAGAGGACCAACUCACGAGAUCGGCCACGCAUUGGGGAUGAAGCACGAACAGGCUCGCAGUGACAGGGACGACAACAUCAUUGUGUACAUGGCUAACAUUAAGCCUGGCAUGGAAAACAAUUACGAUAAAUUUCCGACCAUCAACUUCGAAGUCCCGUACGACUACUACUCUCUCAUGCAGUACCACGACCGGAGUUUUGGCAUAGACGACAAACGCGUGAUGCUCGCUAAAGAUGUUCGUUUUCAAAUUCUCAUGGGAGAUGGCGAUAAAAUUACGCACUGGAACGCCAAGCUCAUGAACACCAUGUACAAAUGCACAGUCGGCUGGUUGAAGGCCUGCAAGCAAAAGUCUGAACCCUGCAAGAACGGCGGCUACACGCAGAAGGACUGCAGCUGCGCGUGUCCACUGGGCACGUCUGGCGACAAGUGUGAGAAUCUCGUCAUGAGCUAUAGAGAUGCUCUGAUAAAGCAGUUCUCCCCGUACACUUCCGUCAUCUCAACCUCUGGUGCAGUGGUCGUCUCUCCUGGCUACCCCGACAAAGCGCCAUCGACCA